AUGCAAGAUGUAUUGAAGGUGGGCAAGGAGUUCAUUCAAUUGCCUGCUGAUGAAAAACAAAGAUUCUACUCUGAGGACCCCAGGCAAAGUUGCAAGCUGUACACAAGCAUUGACUAUGUUAAGGAAAAGGUGCAUUGUAUGAGAGACAACUUGCGACACCCUUGUCUUCCUCUUCAGGAACAUGUAAAGCUUUGGCCUGAAAAGCCAACACAAUACAGGAAAUUGAACAUCAAGAAGACAAAUUUGCCAUCUUUAAUGCAGAUUAUUAGCAAUGGGAGACUAACAAGUGCGGACCGUAGCGUUGUCACCAAUACAAAGGUAGCGAGAACAACUGUUGGCAGCAUCAUCAAUCCUUCCUCUGAAAGCUAUAUUGAACCUGCAAAAGCACUGACUAGCGACUGCUGUCCUCAACUCUAUAAAACUUUUGUGUUCGAAGACUUUCUUCAUGCUUUUAUUGCAAAUACUAGUAAUGGGAUAUCGCCUCUCGAGCGCUGCAAGCUCCGCAGAAAAUGGGCCACUAAGCCCACCUUAUCUUCGAAGUGUACAAAUUGGAUUAAGCACCUAAUCUUACCAGAAUUACUUGAGGCUACAAAACAUUCUGGAGUGUGCCUUAUUCACAUGGAGAGGUUUAAAGUGCGCAUCAUGAUGCGUAGGAUAAGAGAUGAUGCACUUGCACACGACACCGAGUUAGGAGUUUUGGGAGGGGGAGGGGGCAGGAUGGGGAUGGGUACUGACUUGCAUAAUACUUUGAGGAGCCUCUGCUUCAAUACUGAUUGGAACUAUGCUGUUUUUUGGAAGCUUAAACAUCGUGCUCGCAUGGUGUUAACUUGGGAAGAUGGCUACUAUGAAAAUUGUGACCAACAUGAUGCUUUAGAGAACAAGAGCUUCAGUCAGACACAAGAAAACAUGCACGGUGGGCAUUAUCCGCGUGACCUGCUUGGAUUGGCAGUGGCAAAGAUGUCUUAUCAUGUAUACUCUCUUGGGGAAGGGAUAGUUGGACAAGUGGCAGUCAGUGGUAAACAUCAGUGGAUCUUUGCAGAUAAAUAUGUUGCAAGCUCCUACUCAUCAUAUGAGUUCUCCGAUGGCUGGCAAAGUCAGCUUUCUGCUGGGAUCAAGACCAUUGUUGUUGUGGCUGUGGUUCCAUAUGGAGUUGUACAGCUUGGCUCUUUAAAUAAAGUUAUUGAGGAUAUGAAUCUGGUGACUUAUAUUAAAGAUGUCUUUUUCGCCCUUCAAGAUUCCCCAGUUGGGCAUGUUACUAGUCCAUUACAACAUACUAUAAACAACGCAUUAUGUUUGAAAACAGCAGAUGAAUUGAGAUAUAAACAAGGAGCACUUGAAACAUCGACAACAAAAAAUGAUGAAAGCAUCAAAUUACUUCAUCUGAGAUCAAAUGCUUCCUAUUUGGAUCAUCGGAGUCAACUAGGGAUGAAAAUAAUUAGUGACCAGAUGUAUGGAGGGGAGACUAAUGUCUGGAAAGACUCGGGUCGGGGAUCAGAACACAAUAUGACUACGCAUUCAAAUAGUGUUAUGAAGGAGAGCGUUAAUCUAUCUGAUCUUAUACUUCCAAAUGAAAAGCUUGGAGCUGAUCUUGCAGGCUUCGCUGCCGACCUCUUUGACUCCACCAUUUGUGACAGAGAUAAGUCAGAUGGCAUUAAACUUCAUCCAAAUGCGAUGUUAAAGGCACCUGAAUCUUCAGACAUAACAUUCAAAAAUGAUUUGGAGAAAAAGUUGGACCAUCAAGCUGAAUCAACUCACUUCAAUGACUCGGACACAUUUUUCAAGUUCUCUGCUGGUUGUGAGUUGCUUGAAGCUCUGGGGCCAUCUUUCAUGAAAAGGUGUAUGCCCUUUGAUUAUCAAGCAGGGAAGAGUGUAGCUGGAAAUAUUUUUGAGAUGCCAGAGGAGAUGAGUAGCAGCCAGAUGACAUUUGAUUUUGGCUCAGAGAAUCUUUUAGAAGCAGUAGUAGGCAAUGUUUGCCAUAGUGGCAGUGAUGUCAAAAGUGAGAAAUCAGGCUGUAACUCUGUCCAGUCUCUGUUAACAGCAGAGAAAAUGCCAGAGUCUUCUAUUCAGACUGAGUAUAUCAUCAAUUCAGCAGGCUGUUCAAUUAAUCACUCCUCUGUAGUUGAAGAGGAUGCACAGAAUUUCUCUAAUUCAACAGAAGUGUGUGGUGGAAUGUCUUCUAAAGGAUUUUCAUCAACCUGUCCAAGUACCUGUAAUGAGCAGUUGGAUAAGCGUCCAGAACCUUCUAAGAACAACAAAAGAAGGGCUAAACCUAAUGAAAAUUGCAGGCCUCGGCCAAGGGACAGACAACUGAUCCAAGAUCGCAUCAAGGAGUUGAGAGAGCUUGUGCCCAAUGGAUCGAAGUGCAGUAUAGAUUCGUUGCUGGAGCGCACAAUCAAGCAUAUGCUCUUUCUAGAAAGCAUUACAAAGCAUUCUGACAAGCUCAAUAAAUGUGCGGAACCAAAGAUGCAUCAGAAGGGAACAGAUGCUUCCAAUUGUGAACAGGGUUCGAGCUGGGCAGUGGAGGUGGGAGGCCAUCUAAAGGUCUCAUCAAUAAUAGUAGAAAAUCUAAACAAAGCCGGACAGAUGCUUGUAGAGAUGUUGUGCGAGGAAUGCAGUCAUUUUCUUGAGAUAGCAGAAGCUAUCAAAAGUUUAGGUCUGACAAUAUUGAAAGGAAUUACAGAAGUGCAUGGCGAGAAGACAUGGAUAUGUUUCGUGGUUGAGGGGCAGAACAACAGGAUUAUGCAUAGAAUGGAUAUCUUAUGGUCGCUCGUGCAAAUAUUGCAGCCCAAGAAUACAAACUAA